UUCAGGUUUGUGACGGGUCUGGAUACUCGCGCCUCUGCCUUGCCAGGGGUCCGCAUCUCGCUCUCAGACACUGGCUGCCCGCACUCGGAGUCAUGAGCUUGUCCAAGGCUUCCAAAUUUAGGAAACUUUUCCUAAAAAAGUCACAGGAAAAGGAGAACAGAGAGGCGGACACGUGCCAGGGCUCCCGGGCGACUUCACCGAGUUACAAGCGCGAAGGUUCAGAACCGAGCCCAGAGGCGCGCGGCUCGACGGACACUGCAUCCUGCCGGGACUCCGUGACCACGAGCCCGAGUCACAAAAAGAAACGGAGAUUCGGCUCGUGGCGCUCCAAAAAGAAAUCUCCUAAGGAAACGCGAGACCGUCUUUUUUUCCACAGCACCGAAGAGUAUGAUACCGUAUCUUGCGAAGUGAGCUUCGACCAGCUGAGCAUCCAAACGGAGGACAACAUGAUUCUUCCGUCCGAGGCGACGUCUGUGAUCAGCCUGGAUCUGAGCAGCUCUACCCCAACCUCCCCUUCCCAGAGACACAAGAAGAAUUCGGAGAGCGUGCUGAACCGUGUUGCAACAUUCUUCAUAAGAAAACGAAAGAGUACAACCGAUUCUGAAGAAACGAAUGAAAAUGUGCCCCAGGAGAACAAACCCUGCCAGCACCUGACACCUGCGAGCCGGACGGCGUUACCUGGUAGGUUGGACAGAGACGAGGUGUUUGAUCCAGAGGUUGAACUCCAGAGGGGUCACAGUGCUGCCUCUCUCGUUGAGGACGGAGGAGACCUGCCGUUUGCUGACAGCGGCAGCAGCGGGCGAGGGAGCGUCAAGGAGCUGGUGGUGGUACGGCGGGUGAGCCGACUGGAGAACGGAGAGGACCUGGUGACCCGGCGGGAGUGUGGAGAGACCCCAGACAGCCAGCAUCUGUUGGCCGAGGCCAGCAGGAAACUCCGGGUGUUCCUGGAAGAGACCAGCGUGACAGAGGCAGACGGCGAGGGCCUGAUCACACAGACGACACUGAAAUGUGCCGAGCUUCCCUUGAAGAGCAAGUCUGAACCCAAUUCCCCAUCCCCCAAAGGGGGGACGGAAAUUAAAAGGAGUGUUUUAAAUCCCGUCUUCGUGGGCAAAGGGAAUUGCGCUGCCCUGACAGGGGUGACACUCUCUCAGUCCGGAAACGAGUCAAAUUCAGAGAGCUCCUCGGAGCAGGGCGACGGCAACGUCAUGGGGAGGAGGAAUUCAAGUCGCCGGCGAUCACGCAAGUGGAGCGAUGGCUCUCGGGAGUUUGUCAGCCCCACCAAAGCCUCGCCCCCUGACCCCGAGGAGGUGUUCUCACCAACCUUGCCCUCACCUGUGCAGCUGCACAGAGCCGUGUGGGUGGAGACACACCUGGAGGAAGACAGCGAGAGCCCUGUGGACACCCCUCCUGCUCAGGGGACGCCAGUGCCAGGAAGCCAGAGCCCGUGCUUUCCCCAACCAGGACACGAAAGCACCGCUGCCCCCGUGUCUCGGCUAGCUACAGCCUCGGAGGUGAAACUUCCCGUUCCCAGCACUGGCGCUCCAGAGCCUGUGAGCUGCGAGGACGCUGAGCAAAAGGAUCUCGUUUCGGUGGAGGUCAAAGCUGAGAAGCGCAAGAGCGUGAAGCUGUCCAAGCGCGAGAAGGUCUUCGCCAAGAAGGUGUGGGUCGACUCACCGGGUUCUUACAAGGAAGCAGAAACCGGACCGGGAACAAACUUGGAUGUAGCAGUCCGGGUACAGCAGAAAUCCGAAGUGAAAAUUCGGCCAAACCUCAAGAAUGUUGGAGUGGAAAACAAGCAGCCCACCCAGCAGUCGUCCGACCUUCUAGGAGAGAGAAGCGACGUGCCUGGUGCAAAAUGGAAGCUUGAAGACAAUGUAGAGGGGCCCUUGGAGCUGUCUGAUAAUAUCACAGACACAGAAAAGGCAACAGAAAUGUCUGGAUACAGAGGUCAGCUCAGGACAGCGGGCUCAGCCGGUAACAGUCGGCAGAGCUCCGUCACGGUGUCCAGGCGCGAGGAAAGAGCUGGCAGUGAUCCAAGCACAGGGACUGCUGGAAAGAGCUCGGCGCCACUGGUGGCGCCUAAGACCAAAGCAGCCAUGAGUCGAGCCAUGAUUUACACCGAGGCCACGAAGGAAGAAAACACAAGAAAAGCAGCACAAACUGGCACAGAGAACAAAUGGAGCAAAUCGCAGACGACUAGGGAGCAGCCUGCUGCAUCCCUUAAACCCUCUGAGAAGACAAAAAUCCCCAAAAAGACUGCCCCUGAGGUCCUGCCGAAGCCAAAGAAAACAGCAGAGACAUGCACGUCACCCGACACGGCAGUCUGCUCUCCACUUCAGACACGUGAGACGACUCCAAGUGAAGGAGGAACGUACAGCUCACGUAACGCCGUCACAAAACCUCAGCCAUCGCCACCAGCCGGUAAAAGUGAAACCAGAUCACCAUUUAGGAAUGAGCCAAGUGUGGCCACUCCAGGAGUGGCACAAAAGAGUCCACCCACAAAAGAGCAUGAGCCAAAGAGAAGAAGACAAUUGUUGUCUCUGAACACUGAGGACAAAACUGAGCAGUCCGCAUCGUCACCUACUGAUGAUGCAAGUUCAGCAGAACCUAAAGAUUUGAGCGUCUUUAAAGAAGGUGUAAAGUCAAAAACACAACCACUUACUGCUCCUGAAAGACAUCAAGGAACCAAGAGUAAGUUGGUGAAAGUCUCAGAACAGACGUUGCCUUUGGGCAAAAAGGCAGCUGACUUUAAGCUCAAACUGACGGAGUCAGUCAGCAAAAGUUCUAAACCUAUUGGAAAAACUGAAACUGUCAACAUGCCUCCCACUCCUACAGACACAGAGCAACCAGAUAAAAUUAGCAUGAAGCAGAAAGUGACAUCUGAAACCUCAAUCAUCAGAUCAAGGAGUCCAAGAAAACAGAAGUCUGAUACAUCACCAACAGGAAGCAAGCUUCCUCGUUUUGCCCUGCCCACUGUUUUAAAACAGCCCUCAGAGGAAGAAGCUGACUAUGGCGAAUGUGAGUCACUAAGGCAACCCUUACAAACUGAUGCCAGACCGGAGAAGGAUGAUUCAUCAUCGUGCAACGGUCCUCUGAGCCCUGGUAAAUCGGCUGUGUGUGACCAGGCUGUGGUGAAGCUCUCAACAGAGCCCAAAGCCAAAAGGCCCGGGAAAGAACUGGGGGAUUUUCCAAAGGCAUGUAGCAGUAUUCCCUCGCCACGUCUUAGAAGUCCUACUAAACCAAGACCCCAAAAAGAGAUGGAAAAAGUGAAAGGGGAACACUCUGCAGACUCACAGUCUCCUUCUCAAGUGUCGGAACAGAACAUGAACUUGGCAGGAGAGAUGCGGAGUGUGUGUGUGGAGACCACGAAGCGUACGACACACCUGCAAGAUGUGCCUCAAGAACCUGAAGAGAAUAAAGACAGGGCCAGAGAGACACAGAGUGUGAGCGUUCGAUCCGUAAAGCGCACUGCGCACACACAAACUUCAGCACAACCGGAAGUUGACAAGCCCAUAGAACAUACUACAGAUGUUAAGACUUCAAGUCAAGCAUCAGAACAAGAAACGUACAAAGUGAAAAUUGUGAGUUAUAAGACCAGAGAUCAGACUGCAGAACUGAAAUCUCCAACUCGAGCAUCUGAACAGGAACUGGACAAAGACGAAGACAUGCAGGACGUGAUUAUGAAGUCCACGGGACAUGCUACUGAUGUUAAGACUUCAACUCAAGUAUCUGAAAAGGAAAUGGAAAAUGUUAGCUAUAAGACUGUGGUGCACACUGCAGAACUGAAAACUCCAGCUAGACUCUUUGAGAAAACAGACAAGCCUGAAAAGAUGCAGCGUGUGAGUAAUAGGACCACAGGCCUCACCGCAGACAUGAACAGUCCUUGUGAAACAUCUAAACUGAGUGAAGCCGGUCAGAGUGGAGGUAAGAGGAGAGCUGCACAUACUGCAAAUGUGAAAACUGCUCCCAAGGUGUCCGAACAGAAAGCGAAUAAAUACAAAGAGAAGCAGACUGUGUCUGUGAAGGUCUCUGAACCGACUGGUGACUUCAAGACUUCAAUAAGUGAUGACAGUGUGAGUGGAGGUACUAAGAGCAUAGAACACACUGUAGAUUUGAAGACUCCACCUCAGGUGUCCGAACAGAAAGUGGAUAAAGUUGAAGAGAAGCAGUCUGUGUCUGUGAAGGUCUCUGAACCUACUGGUGACUUCAAGACUCCACCACAGACAUGUAAAACUGGAAUAAAUAAAUGCAGGGACACGCAGACUGUGGAGAAUAAGACCACAAAUGCUACGGCUGAUGUAAAGACUUCACCUGAGGUAUUCAAACAGAAGGUGGAAGGAGGCAAUGAAAUACAAAACCUGAAAAAGAAAACAGUAGCUCAUUCUGCAGAUCUCAAGACUCCUCUUAAAACAUCUGAAGAGGAAAUAAGUGAAGAUGGUGUGAGUGGAGGCACUAAGAGCAUAGAACACACGGUAGAUUUGAAGACUGCACCCAAGGUGUCCGAACAGAAGGUGGAUAAAGUUAAUGAAAAGCAGAGUGUGUCUGUGAAAACCACUGAACACACUACUGACUUGAAGACUCCACGACAGACAUGUGAGCCUGAAAUAAGUGAACAUGAAGAGCAGAAUGUGGAGGAUAAGACCACAGAUGGUGCUGCUGAGGUAAAAGCUUCACCUGAGGUGCGUGAACAGAAAGAGAACACAGUUGGACAGGAACAGAGUGUGACUGUUUUGACCAUAGCUUCCACACCGGAUGAGAGCAUGGUUGGUAACUCAAUACAAGCUCAAUCUGAAGCGACUGGUGUAGAAUUAUCUGGCUAUGGUGAAUCCAAACCAGCACCAGAAGCAAACGACUCUCAAAUGAUUAAAUCAGAUAUAGACAUCUCGACUGAUGGCACUAGUCAAUGCUUAGCUGGUAAGCCCAAAGCAAAACUAGAUAUGUACAGUGAAGGAAGUCUUUCAGGAAGAGAUGUUAAACAUAAGGAUGAAAGCACUCCCGCAAAAAUAGAUGAAAUGUCAAUCAUGCCACCAGACAUGGAAAAGAAAAGCACUGAGAAGACUGACAGACCACAGCAAGCAACUUUGUCACUCAUACCAGAGAACAUGUCAAAGACCUCACAGGUAUCUGAGAGGGAAAAACUAAAAAUAAAUAUGGUUAAUGGUAUUGCAGUAACUACAGAAACCCCAUCAGAGACCAGAUUGGUUCAGGCAGAGGAAGUAAUUCAUGUGGAGACAAAAGUUGAUACUUUUGAUGGAUAUAGCAAAGAUGAGCCAAUAGUAUUAGAGAAACCAUCAGAUACAAAAGUACCAGACACAGUUUGUGAUGCAGUGAAGUCACGUGUCCCAGAACAAAAGAAGGAUGACUUCAGUAUGAAGAAGCCAGAUAGCGAGAUGAUUAAGUUCAUAACCAAAGAGCAAAGUCUUCAAAGUGGAAUCCUUGCUUCUGACCAGAAACCUGUACUGCAUAAAGUCACUGACCAAGCCAAAGACACAGACCAGGUCACUGUCCAUGUAGAGAAGCGGAGUGAAGUUAUCCAAAAAAGCACCACAGACAGCUUGAAGACUCCAUCACAGACAUGUGAGCUUGAAAUAAGUGAAUGUAAAGAGAAGCAGACUGUGGAGAAUAAGACCACAGUUGAUACUGCUGAUGUAAAGCCCUCACCUGAGAUAUCCAAACAGAAGGUGGAUAAAGUUGAAGGAAAGCAGUGUGUGCCUGUGAAGGUCUCUGAACCUACUGGUGACUUCAAGACUCUACCCCAAACAUUUGAGCCUGAAAUAAGUGAACGUAAAGAGAAGCAAACUGUGGAGAAUAAGAAGACAGAUGCUACUGCCAAUGUAAAGGCUUCACCUAAUGUGUGUGAACAGAAAGUGAACCAAUUUGCUGAAAUGACAAGCACUGGUAUAAAGACCAUAGUUCAUAUGGCAGAUAUGAAGACUCCAACUCAGAUGUCUGAACCAAGAAUGGACAAGGCAGAAGAGCAGCAAUGCAUGAGUAAGACCAGUAAACCUACUACAAACCUAAAAACUAAAGCACCUAAACAGGAAAUGGGCAAUGCUGAAGAUGUGCAGGACGCGAGUGUUAAGAGCAUAGACAAUAGUGUAGGCUUAAGUACUUCACAACAGGUGCGCGAACAGAAAGAGAACACAGUUGGACAGGAACAGAGUGUGACUGUUUUGACCAUAGCUUCCACACCGGAUGAGAGCAUGGUUGGUAACUCAAUACAAGCUCUCUCUGAAGCGACUGGUGUAGAAUUAUCUGGCUAUGGUGAAUCCAAACCAGCACCAGAAGCAAACGACUCUCAAAUGAUUAAAUCAGAUAUAGACAUCUCGACUGAUGGCACUAGUCAAUGCUUAGCUGGUAAGCCCAAAGCAAAACUAAAUAUGUACAGUGAAGGAAGUCUUUCAGGAAGAGAUGUUAAACAUAAGGAUGAAAGCACUCCUGCAAAAAUAGAUGAAAUGUCAAUCAUGCCAGUAGACCUCAAAAAAAUGACAGACAUUGAAAUGAAAAGCACUGAGAGACCACAUAGCAAAGAUGAACCAAAGGUAUUAGAGAAGCCAUCAGAUGCAAAAGUAGCAGACACAGUUUGUGAUGAAAUGAAAUCACAUGUCCCAGAACAAAAGAAGGAUGACUUCAGCAUGAAGAAGCCAGAUAGCGAGAUGAUUAAGUUCAUAACCAAAGAGCAAAGUCUUCAAAGUGGAAUCCUUGCUUCUGACCAGAAACCUGUACUGCAUAAAGUCACUGACCAAGCCAAAGACACAGACCAGGUCACUGUCCAUGUAGAGAAGCAGGGUGAAGUUCUGCAAAAAAGUACCACCGACAGCAUGAAAAUCAACCAGAAGCACAAAGCCAGCCUGCCAAAAUCUCAGGAUAAGAACACUGGGUUAGUAUUUGAAAAAACACCACCACUGACUAGUACAUUUCAGCAUAUUACAUCCCAGGACCUGCCACUGUCAUCCAAAAAACUCUCAAAGAUUAAGGAGUCUCCAUCUAGUUGGCUAGACGUCGAUCAAGGAUUUGAGAAGAAGCAAAGUAAGAUUGAGAGGAAUCUGGACUGCUCAGCAAGUGAUGAUGGCCUCCUGGACACGUCUGAUGAUUCGGAGGACUUCAUACGCAACAUUAGAGAACUCUGCUCCCCUUUCUCUCUCCCUCCCAAAAAACAUGGCCAAAACAGAAUGCUGACACCCCCUUUCACCCUGCCAGCCAUUAAAGAAGAUCACUUUGAGAAGACCUUUGAUCCAGAGGAGUUCAAAUUUGGAAUACGGAAGAACAAGGGCCCAAAAGAUCCAUCUCCGGCCAUGUUGAUCAAAAGGAAAAAUGAGGAGGCGAGGAGUAAACAGACCCCCAAACGCAUUGGGACUGAAGAUAGUAUCCUCUUCAAAGCCCUUUCUACUCAAAGAAAGGAAAAAGAUGAAGGUAAAAAGAGUGCCGAGGACAAGCCAGAUGGGGAAGAUGGCAACACGGAAGAAGGUUCCGUAAAGUUUUCUUCCCGGUUAGGGAGAAUGGCCAUCCUGUCGAACCUCAUGAGCACCACUAAGACCAAAUCUAAAGCCCAACCUGAGCCUGAGGCAGUUAAAAAUGAAACCGUAUCAACCACUACACCUUCCCAGCAAGCUCCAAAGUCAGAGGAAAAGGGUGCAGUGAUGCCUUGUGAACCUGUCAUGCUGUCAGGAGGGGCAGAAGAGAACUCGAUGGAUCAGGGACCACUUAAGGAUGGACCUGGUGCUUCAGAAAAGAGCCCCUCCAUUUCUCCUCCCAUUGCCAACUUUUCUGAAAUCAAACUUCCUGAUAUCCUGGAGAAGUACUUAAAGAAAGACAAGGAAGGCAGUCCAGUUAGCUCACAGAGCCUGGAAACACCUUCCCUAAUACCUGUAGUGGAAGUGGACAUGACGUCUGGGCUUUCAGAAGUGAAUACAGGGCCAAAGAACAUUCAUAAGAUACCGGGGCUCCCGGGACUAGAUUCUGAGACAAAACCUGCGACACCUCAAACCCAACUAACCUCACCUACACAGACACAGAUAACAGCAAUAAGAGGUUUUCACAAACGCCCUGGAAAGCUUGUCAUCUUCCAGCAAGCCGAGUUUGGAGGACAAGCGUACGAGGUGUUCAGGGACGUAGAAGACGCCUCCUCCUUACAGCUCGCCCCUGUAAUUUCCCUCAAGGUCAUCAGAGGAUGCUGGGUGCUUUAUGAGAAGCCAGGAUUCCUGGGCCGGUGCAUUGCUCUGGAAGAAGGGCCAAUAGAAGUGGCAAAUGAGUGGGCAGAGAUGGAACCUGGUCAGGAAGUGGGACCAAACGGGUUGCCAUUGCCCACCGCACCCAUGGUGAUCGGGUCCAUUCGACUGGCUGUGAGGGACUACAGCAUCCCUAAGAUAGACCUCUUUGCGGAGUCUCAGGGAAUGGGACGCGUGUCCUCGUUCUGUGAUGACACCAUUGAGGUGUGUGCGUAUGGAAUUCCCCAGAGUACCGGCUCCAUCAAAGUCCAUUCCGGAGUUUGGCAGGUGUUCAGCGAUCCAGGCUUCCAUGGUCUGCUGGUGGUGUUGGAGGUAGGAGAGUACCCCUGCCCGGAGUCCUGGGGCUUCCCUGCCCCCUUUGUUGGAUCACUGCGGCCACUCAAAAUGGGUGGGAUAAAGGUGGAGAAUCCUUACGAGGUCAAGGCACUGUUGUAUGAGCAGCCUCUGUUUCAGGGCAUGUGUGUGGAGCUUGAUGGAGAUGUGUGUGAGAUCAAAGAGCUCGAGGGACUUGAGGAGCCCAAGGAGAAUGUGAACGAGACCCGGACCGAGAGCACAGCCCCCACCUCAACUGCCCACGCCACAAAACUGCCCUCUGUGGGGUCUCUGAGGAUAUUGAGUGGCCUCUGGGUGGGCUACUCUGAGCCAUACUUCGAGGGCCGCCAAUAUGUGCUGGAGGAGGGCGAGUAUGUCGACUGCUCCGAUUGGUCAGGAUCUGGGGACUUCCUGCGUUCCAUUUGCCCUGUAAACUCGGAGUUUACGUCUCCAAACAUAAAACUCUUCAGCGAACCGGAGUUCGCAGAGAGGAGUCUGAGUGUGGAUCUCCUGGGGCCGGUACUGGCCUUUCAGGACGUCAACUACGGGACCAAGACCCAGUCGGUAGAAGUCCUGUCUGGAGUAUGGGUGGCCUUUGAAAACGCAUCAUUUUCCGGGGAGCUGUAUGUCCUGGAAAAAGGGCUCUAUGGAAGCCCAGAGGACUGGGGUGCUCACAACUACAAGAUCUCCUCCAUCCAGCCAGUAUUCUUGGAACAUGUGGGAGGGCUUCCCAGGUUUAAGGUUCAGUUGUUCUCUGAGCCAGGAUUCCAGGGAGAGUGUAAAGUUCUCGAGGAGAGCGUGGCGUUUCUGCCAGACAGCUUCCGCCCUCUGUCGUGUAAAGUCAUCGCUGGAAACUGGGUGGCAUUUGAGGGGCCUCAGUUCACUGAGAAUAUGUACGUGUUGGAGGAAGGAGAGUACAGCCAGCCUGAGGCCAUGGGCUACCGCGGGCUGGACUGUACCAUCCGCUCUCUACAUGCCUUAGGACACGAGUUCUCUCUUCCCUCGCUCACUCUUUUCUGCAAGCUGAGCUUCAGGGGCCGUAAAAUAGUGAUGACAGCUGGAUCCAUGAGCCUAUCACUGUCAGGCAUGGAUGGCCGAGUCCGUUCCCUAUUGGUGAACGGAGGAAUAUGGGUGCUGUAUGAAGGAAAGAAUUUCCAUGGUCGCCAGAUCUUACUCCAGCCCAGUGAAAUUGGGGACUGGCAGAAAUUCAGUGGCUGGGAACAGAUUGGAUCUGUGCGCCCAUUACAACAGAAGCCUGUGUAUUUGCGCUUACGCAGUGCAGAGACAGGCUCUGUGGUCUCUCUCUCCGGGCCGCUGGACGACAUUAAGCUGCUCAGAGUACAAGUGCAGGAGGAGAAUGGUGGAGAUGAGCAGAUCUGGCUCUACCACAACGGACUCCUGCACAGCAAGAUGGUUGAGGACUGUUGCCUAGCAACGGGCCCUAUGCUGUUAGCGGGCAGCCGCCUGACUCUCUCUCCUGAGGCCAUCAACGAAACUCAGUUCUGGAACAUCACAGCAGAUGGUCGCAUUCGCUCCAACCUGAAGCCUGACCUAGUGCUGGAGGUCAAAGGUGGUCAGCAGUAUGAUAAAAACCAGGUGAUUGUGAACACGUUUGAUGAGACAAAGUCCAACCAGAGGUGGACGGUGGAAAUAGUCUGAUAGACGUGUAACUGACUGGCCUCAGAACCAGCGGCCACGCUGACAGGAACCUCCUUGAAGCAGUUCCUGCAGGAUUACAAAACUCUGAAGUGUGAGCCAUUUGAGGACGUCCCGUGAAGAUCUCCAGCAAGGGCUUAAAGACUGAGGAAAGACCAGCCAGCCGGCUGCUUUCUUCACUGGACUGUUCAAGGUUUUGCAGGCUUAAGUAUUAAAGCGUCUACUAGAGUCGGAGGUACAUGGAGAUCCUUACAGAAGUAUUUCCAACAUGGGAUGCAAAGACUUUGCUAGUUAUAGCAUGAAUGUGCUCUGUUUAAGUUGGAUAAUUCCCUAAGCAACGUCAUUUUUUUAAAAAAGGCAAGAAGUCCUGCAGUAAACGUCACAUCUAUAAUAGCACAAGAUGACCACUGGUGGCACUCUAACACCACCCUGUGUGUGUGUGGGCUUGUAAGGACUGGUGCGUUACUACAAAACACACGAGUAAAUGAACAAUAAGCAGUCAUGUACACACCCCAGUGUGUCAGUGUUAUAAGACGGUAUGUAUAAAACUUCUCUUCUGUGUCUUUUAUAAAGUGCCUUACGUUAUUUAGCUUCUUACACUCCACGGUUUACUUCAGAAUAUGGAAAUGACUUGUCUGUUGUAUAUUUCUAAAUCUGUAAAGACAACUGUUACAUUUUAUUAUGAAUAAAAUGUUUUAUUUUCC